AUGACGGGUGAUGUGAAGAAGCCAUCGGAGGUGAUCAUCGUUGGAGCAGGCUACGCUGGCAUCGGGGGCAGAGCGUGCACACUGGAUGGCAGGGAGAUGGGCGGCACCUACUUCCACGGCAUCUACGGUCACCCACUGUACGAGUACGCCUCUCAGCACGGCAUCGUUGGACCCCCCUUCACCAGAGACUUCAGGUGGGGCUUCUGCGAGCCGGGCGAGCCGGCACCUUUGGACCGGGCCAUCUCUGAGGAAUUGAGAGAGGCUGUCCAAGAGUACGCUAGCGUGCUCCCCAGUGGCGACCCUGCCAGUCAUAGCGGCAGCCUCAGUUCCCUUCUGGAGCAGAGAAUCAUCAAGGAGGACGCCAAAUCAAGCGGCGCAGAAGUGCGGCCGAGGGCGUGGCGGUGGCGGGAGCUGGUGACUCGCAUCGCGUCGGGCUGUGACUCAUCCGCUGAUGUCAGCGCGGCCUGGUGGGCAGGCGCCGAGGACCUUGAGGGGCCCAACUUCCCCUGCCCGAUUGGCUUCCAGGCAACUUCCCAGCAUCCCGCUCUUCCACAUGCCCUGGCGGAGCACAUGGCGGCAGGUGCAGACAUUAGGUACGGAGCAGUGGUGGAGAGGAUACAGUGGGGCGCCUCGGGGGUGACCGUAAGUUGCGCGGAUGGGCGCAGCUUCCAGGCAGAUGCUGCGGUUGUCACUGUGUCUCUGGGCGUGCUCAAGGCGAUCCAUGCGCAGCUGUUUGCGCCGUCGCUGCCCCCAGAGAAGCUGCGCGCGCUGCAGGGUCUCUCGAUAGGCACCGUCGACAAAAUCUUUGUGGACUUCUCAGAGACAGGUGGUGCGCCGCCAGGGAAACAGGCAAGCGGAGACCCGGUCACAGCCUACCACCUGCUCUGGCAGGAACCGUGGCAGAAGAGUGAGGCGCAUGAGCCUGCACCUGCAGAGCAGGCUGUGCCAGAGUGGGCGAGGGGCGUCUUCUCAGUGCGAUUCGGCGGAUCUGAGUUCAAGGCCCCCAGCAAUGGCCAUGCUGCGGUACAGGACUCACAGCAACCAGCUGCCGCCUGUGAAGACCCUGCAACCAACGGCGCCAGGUGGCCGGCGUUCACCGGCAGCGCUUGCAGCGUCUACGGCAACAGCAGCCGCGAAACCGGCAAAACCGCGCAGCGCCACUGCGGCAGCGGUUUGCCUGCACCCUGGGCCGAGCAUCCAUCCAGUGCUGUUCUGUGGAUCACAGGGGAGCAUGCAAAGGCCAUGGAGAAAUGCAGCGAUGACGAAGUGGAGAGAGGGGUCGCCGCGUUACUGGCGGCUUAUCCCGCCAUACCCUGCCCGGCAGCCGCGGCCCCCCGGAUUAUAAGAUCGGCCUGGGGCAGCGAUCCGUUAUUCCGGGGGUCGUACUCGUAUGUGAACGCUGCGGGCUCGCCGGACGACAUCGAUGCCCUUGCUGCACCCCUCACGGUGUCGGGGAGGCCGGUGGUGUGCUUUGCUGGAGAGGCCACGCACCGGCAGCUGACUGGCACCAUGGGAGCAGCCUUCCUGACAGGCCAGCGAGAAGCAGCCAGGCUGCUGGGUUCCCACAAGGCUGCAGCAUAA